AUGCCGCACUGCUGCGCCGUGAAGACGUGCAGAAAUAAGGCGGACACCGGCUCCGUCCUGUCGUUUCACCGGCUGCCGCUGAGGGAACCGGAGCGGCUCAAACUCUGGCUGUUCGCCCUGAACGUCGAUGUCAACACUCCGGGACGGGAGCUGCGGAAGCUCGUCGUCUGCUCCGAGCACUUCGUACCGGAGGACUACACCGCUAACCGGCAGCCGAGGACCGACACGGUGCGCCGCUUCCUGAAGCCCACGGCUGUCCCGACCGUCGGCGUCUCCUUCCGCUCACCUGGACCAAGUUUAGCGCAGCGCAUACUGAGUGGAGGUAAUGUUCAACAGGAUUCAGGAGACGGCUCGACCACGGAUGUAUUGCAUGACUCUCAUUCCUGUGAAGAGCCGACCUCUGAAGAACCACCUCCUUCACUGCAGCUUCGCGUCAUCAAGGUGGAACAGAUUCCCAUCCUGGAGGAACCAGAGACCCACCUACAGGUCAAAGAGGAGCGGGAGGAUCGGUGCAUCAGCCCAGACGUGGAGGCCGAUGCUUCCAACAGCGCUCAAGCCAAGCAUCUUAAAUCUGAGCCGAGCGCUAGCUGUGAGCUCCUUCCUUCACCCGGCGCUCCAACAGAGAGUUUAAGUGAUGGUUCGCUGUCGCCUCGUCACAGCGUUGAAGUCUUUGUAGAACUGGAGCAGCCUCCCAGGGAAGAAAAGUCUUGUCAUAUUUGUGGCAAAAGUUUUAAAAAAGACUCGUAUCUGAUAAGACACGUAAACAAGAGCCACAAAGGACGGCGGGCCUUCAGAUGCCUGCUGUGCGACAAGGAGUUCGACCAGCGGUUCCAGCUCGUUCUGCAUGUGAGGAGCCACACAGGCGACAAACCCUUCAGCUGUGACUACUGCAGCAAAACGUUUGUUCAGAACUCAAGUCGUCUCGCUCACAUGAGAGUGCACACGGGGGAGAAACCUUAUUUUUGUGCAAAGUGUGGCAGAAGUUUUGCCACCAGCAAUCAUUUCAAAUUCUGCAAAAUGCACAGUGAAGGCAAAGUGACGCUAGAAGAACGAGAGGACGCUGAUCAGAAGGAGGAGAAGGCCUUCAAAUGCUUCCAGUGCAACAAGGAGUUUGAUAAAAACCACCAGCUGGUUCGACACGUCAGAGUGCACACCGGAGAAAAACCCUUCAGCUGUGACUUUUGCGGGAAAACUUUCACCCAGAACUCCAAUCGCGUCGUUCACAUGAGACAGCACACCGGAGAGAAACCGUAUUUUUGUGAUAAAUGCGGCAAGAGGUUUGCCAGCAGCCACCAUCUGAAGUUGUGCACGGGGAGGCAGCCCAGAGGCUCAGAUAAGUUGUUCCGCUGCACGAUCUGCGGCCGAACGUUUCACACCGAUUCAAACCUGAAGGUGCACUUGGAGGCUCACGAGUCGUGGCAGCGACACAUCAGUCGGAAACUGCAAGGACACAAACUGGAGGAGAGAAAGAUUAAAGCAGUGUGAAGCAAAACAUCAGAGACUGAAACCUACAAUACGGUAAAUGAUGCAAUGCAGCAGGUGUGUGUCUGUAAAGCAGCAGGAAUUAAAACAACCUGUGGACUGAAGCAGCCGAUCAUUUGAUUUAGUGCAGAAGAAGAGUCAUGUGACACGUUAAUCGC